CCAAAGUGACGUCACAAGUCUCCUCCUUUCUGCGGUUUUCACCUGGGCUGGGUUGUUGCGCAUUCUGCGACAAGGAGCUGCCAGGGAAGCAGCUCCAUCUCCGUCAGGCUCUCGCCCCUAGACCCCGGGCGUGCCUGAUCCCCGGUGGGAGUCCCCUGUGAGGGGGAGUUUCCUCAUCCAGAGCCCAGCAAAGAAACAUUGCCACCCCAGCUCUUUGACUUACGAGUCCCUUCCCUGCCCUGAUGGCCACUGACGGUGCCGCCGAUGGCCCACCAUACCGGCUCCUAGUCUGGGUGUCUGAGAUCCACUUGGGAAUAGAGAAGAAGCUGCAAAAGUAUUUCCAGAACACAUCAAAGUCUGGGGGAGGCAAGUGCAAGGUCAAAGUUGGUCCCAACAGUAGCAGUUUCUGGAUAGAGUUUAGUAAAAAACAAGCCAAGGAUGGUGUAUUAGCAAAGAAAGACCACUCUGUGGCAGUCAGUGAUGGGGUAAAUGUGAAAAUCUUCCUAGAAAAAAAUGAAGACCCAGAUGGGAACAACAUUUUGGAGAUAAAACAGUUUCCUACUCUGACUCAGUCAGAGCCAAAGGAACUUCCCAUUGAGAAGAGCCCAGAAGAAAUACGUGCUCUUAUCCCCUCUAAUUUCUUCACUCAAAAGAUAUUUCUCCAUGUUGAGGCUCAGCUGACCUUCAAGCUUUCCAGAGAACAAAAAGAGAUAAUUAUUACCAUCUGCCCAGAGAUCAAAAUAGAGGGAGGCUUUGAUGGACCUGAGAGAGUGGUUGGUGACUUUGAAGAUAUUGAAAAAAUUUAUCGAUUCUUAUGUGACACCAUGCUGGGAAAUGACCAGAAAGAUGAUUUUUCCGACUCAGCUUCAGGAAGUGAAAUUGAGGAAAUUAUGCCAAAUGACUCCAACAGUCUUGUUCUUUACUCAAACCCCAAAACGAGACCUGAUGAGGAACUAGACCUUCUGUCCGUUCCUUCACAUUUGUAUGAAUAUUUCAAAUAUUUCUUUGCUGAAACUCUGGACAGAAUAGAAAUUGAGCAUCAAGUACGCAUCAAAAGUGCUUUGGUAUAUCCUACAGGCAAUGUGAGUCUAGACUUCGAGACAAAUAAGGCAUGGGACAGAGAUGCAGCUCAAGAAGCUUUUACCAGAACCUUUCAGAGGGAAAUACAGAAUGUGGUCCAUAAGGAUGUUCAUUUCACAGAUAACAAGGUGGUACUUGACAUGCAAAAAACCCUGACUGACAUGUUUCAAAACCUCCAUAUCAAAGCUGAAGAAAAAGACUUAGUCCUCUGGGGAAACCCAAAGGAAAUUUUAGAAGCGCAACAAUACAUUGAAGAAAACUACUCCAGCAAACAACCUGAAGAACCAGCAGUUCCUGAAAAUGUGAACACUGGAAUUGAGGUUGAUACUGCUCACUGGCGUGUUCUGGGUCAAGAAAUCAGAGAAAUUGAGAAAACAUAUUACACUGUAAUGGAACUGGUCCACAAAUCCAAAACUCAGAAAACCCUCAUUGUAUUUAAACCAAAAGACAAAGACCUAGACCUCUCUGCGCAUGCUUAUGAAGAAUUUCAUUGACAUCUUUCAGAUGCUGUUACCUCAGAUUGUCACAGAGGUGGUGACCCUGAAACCAUUAGACCAAAAGAGAAAGUGCUGGCUUGAGAAGACCUUCUUUGAAAACUUGGAAAGAAAGCACCCCCACGUAAUCCUGGAGUGGAAUGAACAAGAGCUGACCCUGACUGGUCUGCCCAAGUACAUUGAAAGAGCAAUGAAGUAUGUUAAGAAGUACUUCAGUGUUGAAGGUCCUGUUCAGCAGAAAGAAGGGCCAGCUCUCUCCCUUGGAGAGAAUUAGAAUACCCCUUGGACAAAUAACGGUGAUGAUUUCAAGAUGGCUUUACCUCCCUCCAAGAGAUUGCCUAGCUGUGGGGACUUAGGAGAAAGGAGGAAGAAGAGGAGAGGAGUGUACCAUCUCUCUGGAAAUCAUUCACCACAAAGAAGUCCUCCCAAAGUGCAAGCAUGGGUUCUCUGGCCAUUAAACAAAGGCCAGUGGGCCCUAUGUGUCAGACUUCUUAUCAUAUCAUGAAAAAGAAUCAGCCAGAUGGAACCAUGACAACCUUUUACAUAACUUCUUCACUUCUGGGUUAUAAUUCAUGUGGCAUUAUUGUGAUUCAUUAUGACAUGCAGGGAGGCAUACAGACAGAAAAUCACCCCAACCUAGGAAAACGCUAUGAAGAAACAAGAAGGGUAGCAUACUUGCCAAAUAAUGAAGGACGGCAGAUUUUGCAUCCCGUCAAAAGAGCUUUUGACCAAAGGUUGAUUUUCACAAUAGGACAGUCUCAGACAUCAGGAGUCAAGGAUGUGAUCACUUGGAAUGAUAUUCACCACAAAACUUUCUAGUUCCAUGGGCCAGAAAACUUAGGUUACUCUGAUCCCAACUAUCUUCAGUGGGUCAAGCUGGAACUAAAGGCUAAAGGAAUUGAAUAAGAGUGGUGACCUCAAGGAUGCCUUGAGAUCUAGGCUUGCAAAAGCUGUAGCAAUGGAAUCAAAGUGAUCAUUAAAAUACAUGUGUGUAUAGGUACCAUUUAGAGAAAAAUAAGAGAAUCUGAGAAGAAAUUAAUUUGUUUUGGGGUGAGUGGGAUGAACUGCUCUCUGCUAACCUGUCUAAUUUCUUGGAGGUUUUUUUUUUUUUUUACUUUUUAUUAUUCAAACUGAGAGCCUGGUAGAAAUGUAAAAAGUUGCUCAAGUGAGAACCCAAAAUGUAUCUCUCAGUGCUUUCCUGCCUCUCUCCCAUUUUGCUGUCACCAGAGAUGCUGGAGUUAAGGAAUCUUUCAUUGUACCACUUGGACAAGGUGAUGAUGGACCCUCAGUUCCAUUCACAUUAUUUCUUGUAAGCUGUUUGUGGCCUCAGAACUCACCAGAGUUUGCUCCCUUCUAACUGGAAUGGUAGCCAGGGACAUUAAAGAUUAGAAGAUAUUUUGAAGAAAAUUAGUCUCCAAAUACUUACAUGAGUCCUUCACUUCAGAAAAAAAACAAAAACAAAAACUAUUCAUCCUUGGAGUUGGCAAGUUUAAUGUAAAUUGAGGAGUGGGGAAAAGAUAUUUCUGUCUUCAAUCAAGUCCAGUGACUUCUAAUCACUUUCAGGAACAAAUAGAACAGCCUCUGUUUGGCAUUCAAAGCCCUUCAUAGCCACUCCCUUUAGUCCCUGACUGUGUACUUUGUGAUUCAGUGAUGCUGGCCUCCUUGAUGUUCCCUGCACCAGAAACUCUAUCUGGACUGUGCAUUUUCACUGGAUAUCCACCAUGCCUGGAAUUCGUUUCCUCUUCAGUUCUACCUACUGGCUUCCCUGACUUCUUUCAAGUCCCACCUAAAAUCCCACCUUCUAUAUGAAGUCUUUCCCAAACUCCCCUAAUACUAGUGCUUUUCCUGUGUAGUUUAUCUCCAGUUGUCCUGUAUAUAGCUUGUUUGUACAUAAUUGUUCGCAUAUUGUCUUCCCCAUUAGACUAUGAGCUAC